UUAUAAUAAAAAUCAGAAACAGAAGCAAACUUGUGAUUUUGUAAUUUGUAGGUAGGUUGCUUGAUUUGUCGCCUGGGAUUCAUCAUCUUCUUCUUGCUGUGGGAGUGAUCAGUGAUGGGUAUGGAGACAGUUUGGAAUUCCCAAAGCAACUGGACCAUUGCCUCGGGCUCUAUCCGCGACUGCAUCACCUUCCAAUCCUCUCUCUCACUCCUCCACGAUGACGAUGAUUCUGAAUCCACCCCCACUCCUCUCCUUCUUCACCCCCCUUCUCCGGAUUCCACUCCUUGCGAGAUCAAAAUUACUUUUGCGGAGAAACACGAGCUCAGACAAAUCUACGUUCGGAGCACGGCUCGCGUCUACGAGAUUUACUAUGCGCCCAAUUCUCGCACCAACAACGACUAUCUCUCUACUGUCCGAUGCGGUAUCGCUGUUAGAGACGAUCAGGUUCUUCGUUCUCCUUCUAUUCAAAAUCUGAGCGACGAUAACGUUAAUAAGACUGAAGAUGAUUGGGUUGAAGUCAAAGUUCCUGAUUCUCCUUCCCAAACCAAACCCUACCCCAAUUCCACCAAAACCUCUCUGUCUCAGUCUCAGGAUCUUUAUGAGGCUACAGCAGAGAUUAAUGAUGCAAAUCCUUGCAUUUCUGUUACUCUUCGUCUGCUCUCGCUUCAGAACAAAGGCCGUGUUUACGUUGAUGAGAUUUAUGUGUUUGCUGAUCCCGUUGAUUCAGUUGAUUCAGAAAGCCAAGAAAACCAUAAUGAAAACUCAUCUAGCAGUUCUCUCAUGGCUAUGUUUCUCCCUUUAAUGCAAUUAUCUAAGACAACAGGGCUUAGCAAUCUAAAUUCUCUUAGAAAGGAAAAGCUACAUGUUUCGGAGGAUGAUUUGGAAGUAACUCUCCCAAGUGAUUCUGUAAUUAAAACUCAGCUAAAAGGAAACACUAGCAUAACUGAUCCUCAAGAAGUGAAGUUGAAUGAGGUAAAAGGAGGUUGGGUGGGUCCUUCCCAGCCAGAUGCACUCUCACAAGAUGCUAGAAUAGAGAGCAAUCAUGCUGCAGUAUCCUCACAAACUGCUAAAAUGGACAGCACUUGCAGUGUUGUAACCUCAAAAAUUGCCGAAAUGGAGAACAACCACAGUGCUGUUCCCUUUCAAUUUGCUAAAACGGAAUGCAAUUGUAGUGCUGUUCCUUCACAAGGUUCUAUUCCUGAGAGCAAUCAUGGUGAUUAUUUGGGUGGCAAAGUUGAAAGGGCCCUGGAACAACUUGUAUCCCGCAUGGACAGGAUAGAAGAAAUCUGUCUUGGCUUUCAAGAGAAAAUGGUAAUGCCCAUGAGCAGCAUGGAGGCAAGACUUCAGCGAGUUGAGCUGCAACUGGAUACUCUGACUAAGAAAUUGCAGACUUCUGCUUUGCCAUCAUGUUCUAGAAUUUCUGCUCCCGAUGCUUCUUGUAUUGAAUCAGAUGCCAACUCUUUUGAAGAUUGUCCUGAUUAUACCAUCACUAGGGAAAAUGAAUCAGAUGAGAAACAUUUACACACAGAGGUACCAUAUGACUCAGCUCUCAUGUCUGAUUCAGAAAAUGCUACUCAAUUGCUCCCAGGUCUUGUAGUUACAGCUCCUGAGUUUCCUGAUGGUGAGGACGAAGACGGUGAUGCAUCAGGACAAGAAAUAAACUCUUCGAAAGAUAAAGGAAAGCAGUCAAUUGAUGAUGCUUUAUCUUCUGCUUUAGCUAGUUUUUUGUCUUCUUUGUCUUUAGACUCUCCAAAGUAUACUAAAAGUUUAAGUGUUAAAGCCCCUGAGUUUUCAAAUGAAGAUGAUGAUGACAACGAGAGUAAUAAUAGUGAGAUAGCAAAAAAUUACCAAGUUCAUCUAACUGACAGUGAGGAAUUUAGUCUCAUCCAAGUGUUGGCUUCAUCCAAUACUUGGGAAAACAGUGAGAAGAUAAACCCAGAUUCUAAUGAUAAACACUCCAAAAAGAUUGCCCAAGAAGCUGAAGAAAAUGACCAGCUUUGCAGUGCAGAAGGAGAUCAAGAUGAGGUGUGUGUAAAAACUGGUCUUAUUGACAGCUUUGAAGAAGACAAAAAUGGUAAAGUCAAUUGUCAGAAAAGUGACAUUUCAGAUGAGUUGGUUGACAAUCAGACCCCCUUUGGUCAUAGUAUCACCAAGGAAGGACCAUCUUCAGGAACUGAACUUACUGUUGCAGCAGAGGUCCCUAGAAAAACCUUCCAUGAGAACAUCAUAGAGAAUGUUCUUGGAUUUGCACUUGCUUCCUCUGUUGUAGAUUUUGAAAACCCAAUAUUGGAUGUGAAAUUCAUUUCUCAGAGAAGUCCUGCUACCGAGCGUUUCCUUGAAGACCUUCUAGUGGGGACACAAGAUCAAGAGACCAGUUCAAGAGAUCAACCUGUCAAGGAAAGCAAUGAUGAUGUUAACGUUAAGGAACAACUGAAAAGCAAUGGUGAUGUCUCAGUUGAGGAGCAGUCUAAUUUGAUUUCAAUAGAAGAUGGGGAACUGGUGAUUCCAGCUAGCGAUAGCCAUUUUGCUGUGGACAAAGACUUGUGUGCUUCUUCGAUAAUUGCACCUGUGAACAAUGAAGAUGACAAUCUGCCACUGCCGGAGGAUCAUAAACGAAAACGUGAUCAAUAACUGGGUCAAGUUUCGUAUGAAGUGGUUUCUAGUUCCUGAUUGAGUUCGUGAAUCUAAAUCUUUUAGGCAUUGUAUAUAUAGCCUAUUUUCAUGAAUAUCAUCUUGCUCCCCUUCUCUAAAUUUCAACAAUCUUUAGUUUUUUUUUUUGGCUUAAUGUUGCAUGCAUGACAACGGUAAAUAGUCAAUCACUUCUUGGUUGUAGUUGCAUAAUUAUUCGGAGGUGAUAUGUUUUCUUUAUAUGCAUUAAUCGGCAAUUAAAUCAUAUUUUUUUCUUCUUUA